CAGAGCGCGCACAUCACUCUACAGUUCACUAAAAGUGUGGAAACUGCGCUCUCCGUCGCGCGCUCUCUGCGGGGAUUGAAUCGACUUUAACUUCUUUUCACUGGAUCUUUGCGGACUGUAUAUACUAUUGAAACUAUUAAUAAGUAUUGCAAUGAGUUUCUUCUCUCUCUCUGUCUAUCUGGAAUAAAUAAUAAGACUCAUCGCAUGACGUGAGCCUGAUGUCGCCUUUCGAUUCUGAAGGUAUUUUGUUCCUUUUUUUACUGCCAAUGCUGUUAAAAAAUACAAAUGAAGAUGUUGCUCAGGUGGGAUGGAUAAUCUAAAGUUUUUCUCAAAUGCCACGUAUCUGGAAGGUUAAUGGUGCUCGCCAUACAGCCUGGAGAUGUUAGCAAUCCAACACUGCAACGAUUCAACCCUGAAUGCCGAUGAACCGCUCAACAAUGAGACUCAGAAGGUUCCUGGGGUGGCACCAGUGCGCUGCACGGAGAAUUUCACCGCCACUUCAACCAACCCCACGGCAGCUGGCCUGUCCAUGACACUGGGCAUCGUGUCCAACAUCAUAGCACUGAUCAUCCUGGCGAAAGCUUAUGCUCGAAUGCGGAAACGCUCGAAAGCGACGUUCCUGCUCUUUGCCAGUUCCCUAGUGGCCACAGACCUGGCUGGUCACGUCAUCCCCGGUGCGCUGGUUUUACGCCUUUACUUCUCUGGUACUGCAGGAAGAGAUUGCGACCAACCCGAUGCCAUCUGCCAAUUCUUGGGUGGUAGUAUGGUCUUCUUCGGCCUGUGCCCGCUCUUUCUCGGGUGUGGCAUGGCAGCUGAGAGAUGCAUGGGGGUAACGCGGCCUCUCGUGCAUGCCCGUGCCAUAUGCACUGCCCACACAAAGAUGGUGCUGAUGAUGAUAUGGUUGUUGGCUUUAUCUGUAGCACUGCUGCCAUACUUCCGUUUAGGCACAUAUGACUAUCAGUACCCAGGGACGUGGUGCUUCAUUAAUGUGUUAAAGGACACAAGGGUCACAGAUGUGUUAUUUGUGCUGCUGUUUUCUGGACUGGGACUGACCUCACUUGCCGUGGCAUUUAUCUGCAACACAAUCAGUGGAAUGACGCUAGUGAUUGCCCGUCUCCGCAAUAGAAAGUGCAACCGUAGAUCAGCCAAGUCGCAUGACAUUGAGAUGGUGGCACAGCUAGUGGGCAUCAUGGUCACUUCCUGUAUCUGCUGGAGCCCUCUGCUGAUCUUUGGUCUGAUGUCAGUCAUCCACUCAUACAACUGCUCAAAGGGGGACGAUCUGAAAACCUACAAGAAUUUAAUGGUAACGGGAGUGCGUCUGGCCUCCUGGAACCAGAUUCUGGACCCUUGGGUCUACAUCCUUCUACGGCGGGCCGUCCUCCGGAAGAUCUAUCGCUUAACCACGGGCCAUAAAGACCUGAGGGGGAGCACAUUCCGGCGGUGGGAGAUCAGCUCUCUCCAGAACUCGGUUAAAAAUGCUGUUAAUCUGAACUGAUGGAACGUGGGAUUCCAGCGUGUUAGUUCUGCCACAUGGAAAGGACAAGGAGAAGAAAAAACCAUGAGGAUGUUAUAUACCAAAUCACUGCACUGCAGUGUUACGGGAAAACAGAUAAUACAUCUCUAUUGCUUGAUUGGUGGAUAUAGUAGUAGUAGUAGUAGUAGUACACUGGGGGUUCGUUCUCAAACUAUGACAGCGAUGAUCCGGACCAGCCAUAGAGGCUUUAUCAAGCAUCAGAAUGGAGUUGAGUCACAUCAAAAGGAAUCACAUUUUCUUUGAUCUUUGGAAAAUGGUCUUUAAUAAAAUCUUUUAUUAACAUAAAGGCAUAACUUAUUUUUACUUACAUUGUAAGUAGACCUGGACAAUUAUGAUAUAACUGCUUUAAAUGCAUAUUAUGAUGUCAUACAGUGACUUGUCUUGUAAAUAAAUGAUUGUUGGUAAUCAUAAAGGUCAGUGGAACUUCCUGUUAUUAAAGAAACAGUGUGUUGUUUGUGCUAACAGUAAAUUAGUUGUAACAUUGCACCAUCUAUUUUGAUUUAUUCGAAUGUGUUGUUAGCCUAUAUGAUUGAUUAUUAAACAAUCCCCUUUGUGACU